UUCCUAUCCCUCUUUCAAUUCUCCAUCCAUUGCACAAAAAACGUGUCUUUGGAACGCUGAGGAGGCUUAUCACCAUAUCGAAUAAUAAUGCAUUGAACGCUAAAAAAAGCACGGCAGAGUUUUUGUACACUUCAAGUGAUCGCUGUUUGUCUGCUAUGCUUGAUCUGAUUGAUCUUAUUGUUGACUACCGACACCCUUAUAGGGGCUAAUCACCGAUGGAUUGUGGAUGGAAGCCCGAAGGAAGACUAUGGAACGCCAGUGGAAAGAGAACGAAGGAAUGAAAAUGCUCUUUUUUGUUUUUUCUGUCAGGCCUGAUGCAGCAUCCUUUUCCUUUGUCUUGUAUUAUGAUGGAUCAAAUCUUGACUUUCUUUUUUCUUUUUUCUUUUUUUUUUUUAUUUACUCCCCAUACAAUGUACUUUCAAGUGGAGAUUCGAUGGCUUUAGCGUGGUUUCGAAGAGUCCGUUGGAUGAGCUGGAACACAUCAACUCAGCCGAGGCGUCGGGCUAGCAAGAUCGGGCCGAGGUUAAUUCUGUCUCUGAAUGACAGCCUGUCGUGUCUAGGGGAAGCAAAAAAGAUGGAUCUGUGUCGAAUUGGGUGUCAAUCGGUGGAUGUGUCAUUCGAAAACAUUUAGUUUGUUGAAUUGAAAACUGGUGGAGAUGUGUACAUUCAGUGAUGGCUCUGUCUCUCCACUUGCCCACAUUUCCAUCCACAAUGGCAGAUUCCCUAUUGGCGGAAGGUCUGCCGCUUCCCAUGGAUCUGUUCUAUCUUAUAGAUACCUCAGGCAGGCUAGACUCAAAACAGAC